UUUCAAUCUUUACACAAAAAAAAAACAACAAACAAACAAAAAAUAGAGUACACGCGUCGUUUAAAUUAGCAAAAUUGUGAUAACAAAAGAGACCGCUAAAAAUUAUUUUCUUUUAGUAAAGCAGUCGAAUACGUUAUACAGAUUGAGGUUAACAAAAGAUUAGUCUCUUGGCGGAACUGCAAAAUUCCAACCGGCGAUUAGAUAUUUCUGCUGAUCUUAACUCCAAAGUUCGUUCUCCACACAACUAUCUUCUUCAACUUUAGAACACAGAAAUGAAUUCCAUACUAAUAACGGGAUGCAAUCGUGGCCUUGGUUUGGGUCUUGUAAAAGCUCUGGUGAAUUUACCCAAGCCACCGAAACAUGUCUUUGCCACAUGCCGUAACAAGGAACAGGCCAAGGAACUCCAAGAAUUAGCUGCUCAACAUCCAAACAUUCACAUCAUUGAAAUAGAUUUACUCAACUUCAAUGAAUAUGAUCGUGUAGUCAAGGAAGUCGAUACCAUCACCCAGGGCCAGGGACUCAAUGUACUCUUCAAUAAUGCCGCAAUUUCCAGCAAACAACAAAGUCUUCAAGCCACCAAACCAGAUGAAAUGUUGAAUACAUUAAAUGUCAAUGUUGUGGUGCCGCUGAUGUUUACCAAAGCCUGUUUGCCGCUGCUGGAAAAAGCAUCCAAACUUAAUGAUAAUUUGGAAAUGGGCUUAGAACGGGCUGCUAUCAUCAACAUGAGUUCUUUGUUGGGUUCCAUUGAGAGGAACACCUGGGGCAGCUACUAUUCGUAUGGUACUUCCAAGUCCGCUUUGAAUUCCAUCACCAAGGCAUUGAGUGUUGAUUUGAAGGAACAAAAGAUUCUGUGUGUUUCCAUGCAUCCUGGUUGGGUACGCACCGAUAUGGGUGGUGAAAUGGCCCCUCUCGAAGUUGGACCAACAACUGCUGAAAUUGUAAAUACAAUUUUGGGAUUUAAGGCCAGCCAUCAUGGUGGUUUCUAUCAAUACGAUGGCGAAAAGUUGCCAUGGUAAAUGUUGUUGGAAUAACGUCGGAUUUUAAAUUUCACAUUUCUUCCGUUUUUUGUUUAUAUAAUGGUGUUGGUAUCUGUUAUUAUUUGUUUAAUAUACAAUUUUUAAAGAAUCGUUUUUACUAAAAAAAUAAUUAAUGGAACGUUUAAUCCAUUUAUUUUUAAUAAAAAGUAUUUUCAAAUAAAUGACA